CUCAAGCGUUGAGGUUCCGCCACUUACCAACACUACACUACACUCCGCAGCUCAUACGUCCAAUCCGCCGGACAUUGAUAACAUCGCUCAAUUUCUCACAUACAAUAGAAGAUAACUCCGUUUUAGAUCCCUCCCCUGUGUCUUCUCUUCCUGCACCGCAGCUAUAAACCGCCUAAAGGCUAAGAGGGUUGGGCGACCUUGGUUUGCCUCCAAGUCCACCACCCACACCAGUCCGAGAAGCAACAAAUGCCAUCCAUCAACGACAGCAAGCAUGACGAGGCGGUCGAAGCCUCAUGGGAAGCCACCCGGGGCGCCGUCUACGGCGCCAUCAAGUGGGGCGCGGCGACGGCGAUGCUGGGCGGGCUUGGCUACCUCGUUUCGCCGAUAUACAGGGGGCUGACGAUUCAGUUCAAAGUGUAUCUUCAGAUGUCGGGCAUGGCGCUGGGGAGCAUGAUUGAGGCGGACCGCAGCCUGCGCCAGUACGAGGCCAGGAUGCGGGUACAGCGGCGGUUGGCGAGGGACCGGGCCAUGUGGCAGAGUUUUGAGCAGCAGUAUGGAAAAGACGAGGAUGAGGAUUGAUGCCAAAGCUGCAGAAGGGUGAAAAUUGAGGUGUAUAACUACGGGUUUGUAAGAUUGAGUCAUGUAUACUAAAUUCCCUCUCAAGGCACACCAUUUUGGCACGAGGAGUUAUCGAAGAGCUCAAAAAAUGGGGAGCAAAAAGGCAGCUCCAUGGGGCCGGGUAUCUUGAUUAUCAUCUCUCACUUUUUCGGCAGCUCAAACUUCUUAGGGUCCAUAUUCAGCUUGCACAACCGAACCACACACCCGCUCAGCUGUAGCAAUGUCUGCACUCCCUCCAGAAUCUUCAUAUGUGUGAACCCAAUCUCCUUAAUGAACUCCAGCUUGGAGUGCUCACUCAAGGUCGGAAUCGUCUUGGUCACCCUGAACAUGGUGGUGAUAAUAUCGUGGCUGGAGUACCCCAGGUCCCACAACUCCCUUAGCGUGUCGAGCGCCGAGUCGACGUUGCCCUCGUAGCAAGCCUUGAGCAUGGCCUGCACCUUGAUCGGGUGCGGC